CAGCAAUGGCAGUCGGGCAGUGAGACACAUGUCACUACAGUCUGUGAGCCGAAAAACAUUUACCCUGCGGCUGAGAGAGGACACUUAGUCAAAAUGUCUCGGCACAGAAAUGUCCGGGGUUACAACUACGAUGAAGACUUUGAAGAUGAUGACAUGUAUGGACAGUCUGUGGAUGAUGACUACUGUAUAUCCCCAGCAACAGCAAAUCAGUUCAUCUACUCACGUCAAGAGAGGCAAGCACCAAAGGAGGAGCCUUUAGAAGAGGAAGAAUAUGAGGAUGAUGUCCCCAUGUCCCCUACCAUCAGCCACAACCUUGACCCUCUUGAUCAAGCUAAACUCUACUCCUGUCUGGACCACAUGCGGACCGUGCUCGGAGAUGCAGUGCCAGAUUCAGUCCUGAACCAGGCAGCCAUAAGAUGUGGAUUCGACCCACAGAGGGCACUGGAUGCAGUCCUGUCUGAAGACGCUAAGACAGCCCCGGUUACCAGAAGUACCAAUGAAGAGACAGCUUCGGUGGCAAGAGUUAGCCAGGAGAAAGCACCGCUUCCACAGAGAACAAAACCAGAGGCUGAGAAAGCUAAAAUCAGAGAUGUGCCUCAAAAUAAAGUGGACUCUGAAGUGGUUCCCAAAGUGGCCCGCAUGACCGUUUCUGGCAAGAAGCAGACCAUGGGCUUUGACGUUCCCAGCUCAGGGGAGAAUGGCGUUGUAACUCCUUCAGCACGCCGAGGUGGCAGCCCUGAAAAUGCCACCACAAUCCCUGCCCCAGAGGCCACACCUAAGCGUCCUGAGACCCCAUCUAAGGGGUCAAAUGGAGACGAGUCCUCCACAGCUCCAACCCCCGGCCGCUCUUCUGGAAAGGCCCGGCAGUCGAUCAAUGUCAAGGCUGAACUUGAGAAGAGGCAGGGGGGCAAACCUCUGUUGAAUCUGGUGGUUAUAGGUCAUGUGGAUGCAGGUAAAAGCACACUGAUGGGCCACCUGCUCUAUAAGCUGGGCAACGUCAACAAGCGCACAAUGCACAAGUAUGAGCAGGAAUCAAAGAAGGCGGGAAAGGCGUCCUUCGCUUAUGCAUGGGUCCUGGAUGAGACUGGAGAGGAGAGGGACAGAGGUGUGACCAUGGAUGUGGGCAUGACCAAGUUUGAGACAAACUCAAAGGUAGUGACCCUGAUGGAUGCGCCAGGACACAAAGACUUCAUCCCUAACAUGAUCACAGGAGCUGCACAGGCCGACGUGGCUGUGCUUGUGGUGGAUGCCAGCCGAGGAGAAUUCGAGGCAGGCUUCGAGGCUGGCGGUCAGACCAGGGAGCAUGCCCUGUUGGUGCGUUCGCUUGGCGUCACACAGCUGGCUGUAGCUGUUAACAAGAUGGACCAGGUAAAUUGGCAACAAGAGCGUUUCCAAGAAAUUGUUUCCAAACUUGGACAAUUUCUCAAGCAGGCAGGAUUCAAGGAGUCUGAUGUGUUCUACAUCCCCAGCAGCGGCCUGUCAGGAGAGAACCUUACCACCCGGAGUUCAGUACCACAGCUUACCUCUUGGUACUCUGGUCCCAGCCUGCUGGAGCAGAUUGAUGCCUUCAAAGCCCCUCAGAGAUCUAUAGACAAACCGUUCAGACUGUGCGUCUCCGAUGUGUUUAAAGACCAGGGUUCAGGCUUCUGUGUUACAGGGAAGAUCGAGGCGGGCUACAUUCAGACUGGAGAGAGAAUAUUAGCAAUGCCUCCUAAUGAAACCUGCACUGUCAAAGGUAUAACUCUACAUGACGAGGCUCUGGACUGGGCUGCAGCAGGAGACCAUGUGAGCCUCACAGUCACCGGCAUGGACAUCAUCAAGAUCAAUGUGGGUUGUGUGUUCUGUGAUCCCAAGGAGCCAAUUCGUGUGUGUACUCGAUUCAGAGCCCGAAUCCUUCUCUUUAAUAUCGAGGUCCCCAUCACACAAGGCUUCCCAAUAUUGCUGCAUUACCAAACAGUCAGUGAACCGGCCACCAUUAGGAAACUAAUUAGUGUUUUACACAAGAGCAGCGGUGAAGUCCUCAAGAAGAAACCAAAGUGCUUGAGUAAAGGUAUGAAUGCCAUCGUGGAGAUCCAGACUCACAGGCCGGUGUCAUUAGAGCUGUACAAGGACUACAAGGAGCUGGGACGCUUCAUGCUCAGAUAUGUCGGUUCAACCAUUGCUGCAGGUGUUGUCACUGAGAUCAAAGAAUGAACAGCAUUUCCUUUGAAACAAAGCCAAUCAGACCUUGCACAGCAGACUGCAUGCAGCCAGAGACAAAGUGCAAUUCCUCAAGAGAUGUCACUCGUGGACUCAGAGCAUCACAUUCAUCCAUCCACCUCUCCAUCCAGUGCAGCGGCUGCUUCAUCUGCCUGCUGUGAUCGACACUAACUGCACCUGUAGCAAGUUGCUGAGCAGCCUCCUCUGUCAAACAUUACAUUUCCCCCCCUCAGACUGCUCGUUUGUUACUAAAACCUCACCGCUCAAAAUUCACUAGUUGAUAAGCCGAAUCAAUAAUAUAAUCAGAAAGACAAUCUUAAUACGCUGAGAUUUCAGCAGUGAUUAAUGUCACCAUGCUUAUCAAGAAGUAGUCAUGACUGAUUGUUAAUCAUGAGAAAAAACGUAUGAAUUCUGGUGCAGCAACCAGUGCAACAGUUUAACUGGAGCUGUUAACAAAUCAUCUGCGUAAAAGUUAAAAUGACUAUUUACAUAACAGCUUUUUUGCAUAACACGGCUCUUCAAAUCAAAACUAAUUUUAAUCUUUGACAGAAAUAAAAGAGUAAGCUGUCAUGUCCUGAAGGCGAAACAUUUAAUAUUAUUUUACAAUUAAGUAUGUUUGCAUCUCAAAAACAAAGCUGGCGGGAAACUCUAACCAAGUUUCUGAACAAAAAAGGGAAACUUCAGUUUUCACCUCUGGAUAAGGAGACAUAAUUCUCAUUUAUGUUGACAAACGAUACUUGAAAUGCUUCUACAGUAAAGCAACAACAUGCUUUUCGAAGUGCUCAACUGUGUUUCUUUUCUAUCAAAGACUCAGAUAGGAGGAGGAGGAGCUGUGUUUCUGUUUUCUCCAUGUGUUGGUGAAGGUGGUGUGAAGGAAGAUGGUGCAAAAUGAACCUGACAUCUG